UUCAAAUAAAUUAUUUUCUCCUUGAUUUGCUUUUUCUUCUGCUAUUUUCAGCGACUAUAGCCAACUACAGCACAGGACAUGAGGAUCUCACAGGUGAUGGCUUCAAAGCGGAUCUUGAAGCAGCUCACGGAUCUCCAGAAAGAUCCUCCUACCUCUUGCAGCGCGGGUCCUGUUGCUGAAGACAUGUUUCAUUGGCAAGCAACUAUUAUGGGUCCUCCGGACAGUCCAUAUGCCGGUGGAGUGUUUCUAGUCACCAUUCAUUUCCCUCCGGACUAUCCAUUCAAACCACCCAAGGUUGCGUUCAGGACAAAGGUCUUUCACCCUAAUAUUAACAGCAAUGGUAGCAUCAUCCUUUAUAUUUUGAAGGAACAGUGGAUCCCCGCCCUCACCAUAUCCAAGGUCUUGCUCUCAAUCUGCUCACUCUUAACGGAUCCGAAUCCCGAUGACCCAUUGGUGCCCGAGAUUGCCCACAUGUACAAGACCGACAGGAGCAAGUACGAUACAACUGCUCGGAGCUGGACCCAGAAGUAUGCUAUGGGUUGAUGUGCUGGUAUGUAUACCAUAUUAGGGCUUCAUUCCAUUCAGGCUUUGGUCUUUAAAUUAAUGUAUAAAUCAAAGAGUCGAUUAUUUGUACGAUAGAAGGGCUUCAUUCCAUUCUGGCUCCUCUUUAUUUAGUGAACCUAACCUGCCCUAAAACACAUUUACGACGUUGAUUAUUUGUGUGGAAACUAUCUUUG